CCCCGUGUCCUGCCCUUAUCUCGCCCGCCCAGCCAGGCUGCAGAAGCGAAAGUAACCGAGGCUGGGGCCGCCGCGCCCCGCACCGCACGAUGCCCCUCGCCCUGGCGCCCGGCCUCCUGCUCCUGCUGCUGGCGAGCGGGGCCCGGGGUGCCCUGGUGGUCUCCGUCCCCAGCUCCCGGGUGCAGACCCAGCCGGGCUCGGACGUGCUCCUGGGCUGUCACUUCUCCAUGGGGGGGCCCGUGGAGCUGAUGGAGCUGGUGGUGCAGUGGAAGCUGGGGAACAGCCUGGUGGCCGAGUUCGAUAACGUCCCAUCGUACGGCAGGCCCGGGGCCAGCCUGUCCCGGGAGGGGCUGCAGGUCGGCAACGCCUCCCUGCUCCUCCCGCGGGUGGGGGGCGCCGAUGCCGGGCUCUACACCUGCAUGGUCAUCGUCCCCCCGAGCCGGGAGAGUCGUCAGGUGGAGCUGCGUGUGGAAGUCCCGCCCCAUGUCUCAGUGUGGGACACCGAGGUGAGGGCCGGCGAGCGGAACCUCGUGACCUGCAACGUGAGCAACUUCUACCCCGGGAGCGUGAGCGUCGCUUGGCUGCGGGACGGGCUGGUGGUGGGGGGCUCCAAGACGGCCCCCAGCCAGCAGGGCCCCACCGGCCUGUACAGCACGACCAGCACCCUCCCGCUCGUGCCCAGCAUCCCCGACGCCAGCGCGAACUACGCCUGCCAGGUGGAGCAUGUCGCCCUGGGGGCGCCGAUCCAAGCAGCCUUCCGGCUGAGCGUGCUCUCCCCGCCACGGCUGACCCUGCUGCAGCCCCUGGUGACGCUGGAGGGGCAGGUCGCUCUGCAGUGCCUGGUGAGCGGCUACCACCCCGCCGAGAUCACGGUGCAAUGGCUGCGGGACGGGGUGCCCCUGCUCUCCAUGGAGUCGCGCCCCACGGAGGAACCCAACGGGUCCUUCGCCCUCCGCAGCAGCUGCAUCCUCGACCGCCCAGAGAGCAGCGCCCAGGCCAACUUCGCCUGCCACGUGCAGCACCCGGCGCUGGCCGCCCCGCUGGAGCGCACGGCCGUCUGGAUAGUCCCCACCCCCACGUGCCCCAGCUUAUGGGCAGCGAUAUUGCUGGGAACCUUGCUGGGAACCUUGCUGGGCCUGCUGCUGCUGCCGCUCCUCGCGUGGGUCGUGUACCGGUGCUGCAACAUCAGCAUGUCCGAGAUCCGUCAGGGGUGGUGUUGGCUGGAGGGCAGCGUCACUGUGCUGUGGUGCGAGGUGGAGGGCCGGCUCCAGGCCACGGACCAGCUGGUCUGGGCAAGGCUGUGCCCGGGGAAGGAGCCCGGGCCGCCCGGGGAGCUGAGUGAGCCCUUGCUGAAGGGGGAGUUGGACCCGCACCAGGUGUCGACAUGGCGGUGCCCCCUCUGGCUGGGCAGGGAGCGGCUCAUGUCCUGUCUGAUCGUCCGCCCUGUGGGGAGCAGCAGAAAGACCUUCAGCUGCACGUUCCAGCCGGGCACGGCCGGCAGGCGGGUCCAGGAGAGGCACAUCACCCUCUCCAGUGCGCAGGGGGUCACGCCGGAUACGGAUCUCAGCAGCUCCCUGUGAGGGCCCGGAGCAGCGCUGGCAGCCCCACGCUGGGUGCCAGAGCCCAGCAGGAUGAGGGCCAGGCCGCCAGCUCCACGCUGACAAAUGCCCACCGGGACUCAGUGUGACGAAGUGGGACUGUUGUUAAUGUUUCCUCUGAAUAGUGUGGGGGUGCCUCAGUUUCCCCUAUGCAACAAUUAACCCCUCACAGAAAUUCUGCUCUUACCCUCUUCACCUAGGGCUUGCUCUAGAGGAACAACAGACUCUUUCUGGGUCUCCCUUACAUCCAGAAUCACCUCUGGCCCAUCCAGCGGAUUCCUACACAAUCCCCUUUCAGGCAAACUCACAGACUUCCUAGAUAAAAGGUCAGAAGCAUUCUCCUUCCCUUUGCCACACACAGGUUCAGGAAUCUUUUCCUUCUUGCUACAGGUUUCCACACCCUCAGUAGGUAACACAAUCACAUCACCUUCAUGCUCUCCUUGUGCCCCGGCUAGGAUCUCACCCUGAUUAGACAGAGUUGUGACACCCUUUCCCAACAACACACUAGCAACAGGCAAAAUACAAGCACCAGAAUUGUCUGGGCUCUGGGAUUUUACAUAGACACUAACUGGAUGCGACCUAGUUGCAGCGCCAUUCUCCCGAGCAGACAAACUUAGGACCCUUCCCUUCCUGGGCUUUAGCUGAAUCCAGAACCAACUCUGAGACAACGGCACGACCCUCAACCGUCACAGGCUGAAAGGCCCCUUCUGUCCGCUCCACAAAGAAGAGCCGGACACACUUUCUCCUUCACCAGACACACAGCUUGGGAUCUCUUUCCCCUUGUCCCAGCACACAAG